AUGAAUGGAACAAAUGGUACUCGUACACUUCCUAACGGAGACAUCAAGAAGAUCAUCUCUCCAAAAGAUUAUGCAGCCAACCCUAAAGCUAAAUUAUCAGGUAGAAUCCUUAAUGUAAUGACGUCAUUACCAACUCAAAUCAUUAAUAACAUUGAUAGUUCAACUGGUCAAUAUUAUUGGGAUGUUGAACCAGUAAGAGGUAAUUCUGCCUUAUAUUCUUCACAAACUUUUUUGGAACAACAUUCAGAUUGGGAAUCUCAUUUAAUUGCUUGGACUGGAGAAAUUAAUACCAGUAAAAACCCUAAUUGGUUUGCUAAUGGUGAAGGUAUUGAUGAUGCUCUUUAUUUGGAUGAUGAAGAUAAGGUAGAAUUGGAAGAUAAAUUACGUAAAGCUAAUGGAUCGGAUAAUAUUCAUCCAGUUUGGUUAUUAAGACGUGAUCAAAGUAGAUGGAGAAAAUAUGCUGAAGAUGUAUUAUGGCCGGUUUUCCAUUAUAUUCAAGGACAACCUUCUGAUGGGAAAGCUGAAGCUGAAGCUUGGCAUGAUUAUGUUAAGUUUAAUGAAGUUUAUUUAAAUAAAAUUAAGUCAAUUUAUAAACCAGGUGAUAUUAUUUGGAUUCAUGAUUAUUAUUUAUUGUUAUUACCACAAUUAUUAAGAAUGGAAUUCCCGGAUGCUUAUAUUGGAUUAUUUGUUCAUGUCCCAUUCCCAUCUUCUGAAUAUUUUAGAUGUCUUUCUAAAAGAGCACAAUUAUUAGAUGGAAUGGUUGGUGCUGAUAAAAUUGGGUUCCAAUCGGAAUCUUUCCAAAGACAUUUCCUUUCUUGUUGUACUCGUGUAUUAGGAUUUGAAGUCACUUCAAAUAAAGUAUUUGCUUAUGGAACUACUAUCUCGGUUGAAACUUUACCAAUUGGAAUUGAUACUAAAAAAAUCGAACAUGAUGCAUUUGAUGAUCAAGGGAUUGAAAGUAAAGUAAACGCGUUGAAGAACAUCUACAAGGGGAAGAAAAUUAUUGUAGGAAGAGAUAGAUUGGAUAAAGUAAGAGGGGUUGUUCAAAAAUUAGAAGCUUUCCAAAUGUUUUUGGAUAUGUAUCCAGAAUGGAGAGAAAAAGUUGUAUUGAUUCAAGUUUCAAGUCCAUUAUUAACUCAUUCCGGUAACGUUGAAAAGAAAGCUACUGAAUUGAUUAAUCAAAUCAAUUCUCAAUAUGGUAAUUUGAAUCAUACUCCUGUUUUACAUUAUCAAAUGAGAAUUGCCAAAGAUGAAUAUUUAGCUUUGUUAAGAGUUGCUGAUUUGGCUUUGAUUACUUCUGUCAGAGAUGGAAUGAAUACUACUUCUUUGGAAUUUGUCAUGUGUCAAAAGAACAAUAAUUCCCCAUUAAUCUUAUCUGAAUUCACCGGAACAGCAUCUGUUCUUGAUGAAGCUAUUCUUGUUAAUCCUUGGGAUUCGGUUGGGAUUGCCAAAACAAUCAAUGACGCCCUAUUAUUGAGUGACGAAGAUAAAUUAGAAUUAGAACAACGAUUAUACAAAAAAGUAACUUCAAAUACAAUUCAAAAUUGGACUUCAACAUUCAUUAGUAACAUUAUUGAACAUUCCUUAGUUACUCAUGUUAGCACUUAUACUCCAGCCUUGAAUAGACCACUUUUGUUGAAGAACUAUAUGAAUUCUCAGAGAAGAUUAUUCUUAUUUGAUUAUGACGGGACAUUGACCCCAAUUGUCAAAGAUCCAGCAUCGGCUAUUCCAUCAGAUAAAUUAAAUCGUAUUUUGGAUAUCUUAACUGCCGACCCUAAGAAUCAAAUCUGGAUUAUUUCAGGAAGAGAUCAAGCAUUUUUGGAUAAAUGGAUGGGAACCAAAAACGUCGGUUUAUCUGCCGAACAUGGAUGUUUUAUCAAGGAUAUUGGUGAAUCUGAAUGGGUUAAUCUCGCCGCAUCAUUCGAUAUGUCAUGGCAAGCAAAAGUCGACGAGGUAUAUAAAUCAUACACCUCCAAAACACCCGGCUCACACAUUGAAAGGAAGAAAGUCGCCUUGACCUGGCAUUAUCGUCGUGCUGAUCCUGAAUUGGGAACCUAUCAAGCCGAGAAAUGUCUCAAACAAUUAAACGACACAAUUGCCAAAGAAUAUGAUAUUGAAGUGAUGGCAGGUAAGGCAAAUAUCGAAGUCAGACCUCGAUUCCUCAACAAAGGAGAAAUCGUCAAACGUUUGGUCCUUCAUCCUCAUGGAGCAAAACAAGAUCUUCAUUCUACUAAUAAUUGCCCUAAGGAUGUCCCACCUGAACAAUCCCCCGAUUUUGUCUUAUGUCUAGGAGAUGAUUUAACCGAUGAAGAUAUGUUUAAAUCCUUGAAUGAUAUUGAAACCAGUUGGAAAGAAAAAGGAAUCCCCAAGAAUCGAUUUGGGUCAUAUGGAUUCUAUCCGGUUGCAGUUGGACCUGCAUCAAAGAAAACUGUGGCUAAUGCUCAUUUAACUGAACCUUCUCAGGUUUUGGAGACUUUAGGGUUAUUGGCGGGACAAGUUAGUUUAUUUGAAAGUCCUGGAACGGUGGAUUUGGAUGAUAGAGGACAUUUGGCAAAUAGCGAAUCUUCAGAACGGUCAAAGUCGGCGAUCAAAGCGGUUCUGCUUCGUAGAAAGGCUAGUAUUGAGGUGAAUAAGAGUAAUAGUGUUAAGAUUACUGGUGUUGCGAAAUAA